AGUUUAUUUCAAAAUUUUACAAGAAUCAGUGUUAAUUCUUAAGGUUACAAUUUGGAAAUUCUCAAAAGUCACGUCAAUAGUUCAUUAAGAUAAAUUUUACGAGAACGAUAAGGCAAAUAGUUGUGUAUAAAAGCUGAAGCAGCUCAAGUGAACGCAUUCUGAAGUCACUCAGUGAAACAACAUGGCCGCUAAACUCAUUCUCUUCGUCUGCGCCACCGCCCUCGUGGCACAGUCCGCUUUAGGCAUCGGUUGUGGUUGCGGUUGUGGAGGUCGUGGCUACGGCGGUCUGGGCUAUGGUGGUCUAGGCUACGGGGGCUAUGGAGGUGGAUGCGGUCGUGGUUUCAGCGGUGGUGGUCUCCCUGUUGCUACUGCCUCUGCUGCUCCCACUGGGCUUGGGAUAGCUUCCGAGAACAGGUACGAGGGUACUGUCGGUGUCUGCGGCAACCUGCCGUUCCUUGGUACUGCUGAUGUCGCUGGCGAGUUCCCCACCGCCGGUAUUGGUGAAAUCCUCUACGGCUGCGGAAACGGUGCCGUUGGUAUUACCCGCGAGGGUGGACUCGGCUAUGGAGCUGGUUACGGAGGCGGCUAUGGUCUCGGCUAUGGAGGCUACGGAGGUGGCUACGGUCUCGGCUAUGGAGGCUACGGCGGAUGCGGAUGUGGCUGCGGCUACUGAACAAAUUGUCAACACGACGCUUGUCCUUUUAUAAUCUGAACACUCAAAAUAUAUUUUACUCCAGCAUCAAA